AAUUAAAGCUAGUCCACUGGAAGCCUAUAAUCCUUUUAAUCAUCAUUCUUUGCUCAACUCAUAUGGUGCCCCCAUUUUACUGCUAAUAGUCCAAUUCAUUUAAACCAUCUCCCCAUAUCAUGCUCAUAAUAUGACGAUAUCUUUAAUUUCCAAUGAUCAAGAUCAAAUAUACCAAGAUCCUGAAAUAUCUUUUGAAGAUAAAAACAAUAAACCUUCAAUAAUAACAAAUUACAUCAUACCCAAAUAUAAACUAGAUCAAAUAGUUUCAAACUGUAUUGAAAAUUUAUCAAAACAGAAAACAAUCUCAUCAACAACAACAUCCACAACAUCCACAUCAUCACUGGAAUAUUCAUAUGACUUAUUGAUUGAAAAUGAACGAGGGUUUAUCAUAUUUGGUCUACCGUUCUAUACAAAAUAUAUGUUCCCAUUUGAUCCACCAAAUUUCACAAAUAUAAAUGGUUCGAAAAUCUCAAACUUGAAAUUGUUCCCAUUACCUGAUUUAAAUUGGAAAUGGAGUUGGGAUAAAUGGUACGUUAUAAUGAAUGAUGAUAAUGAUGAUCAAGGUUGGUGUUAUAGUUGGAGAUUUGGCUCAAAACAUUGGAGAGGUGAACAAAGGCUUGGUUGUUUUGUAAGAAGAAGAAUUUGGUUAAGAUUAAGAGAGAGGAAAAUUUUAGCAUAGGAUAGAUAAUUUGCAUUUAAUUGAAACGUUUUUUUUUCUCAUGUUUAUUUUGUAAUCUACAACGUCCAAUUGUAAAGUCCAAUAAUAAUUAAUAAUUGAAUAAUAAGUGUUAAAUAAAAAACCAUAAUCAACAAACAAGACAAACACAAUCAGAUAAAAAAAGCACACA